UUUGGCUUCCUUCCUUGCAGCUGCAGUUCAGUUCACAUGGAACCAUUCAAUUGUUUCCAACCAUACGGUGCCCUUUUCUUCUUGCAUUUCCUUGCAUUGUUGCAAUUUCUGUUCCGAUGGUUCUUCAAAUCAAAUGACUUUUUUUUUUCAUUUGCCGUUUCAUUCAUGUUUGGCUACAAGAUGGACGAAACUAAAGCGGUACGUUCGUUGUAGCUGUAGACAAGUUACUGUAGAAUAUUAAUUUGUUCUGUCCAACCUUUUUGGAAGAGGCAACCGGCAAGUAUCACGUUUCCUUGCGCUGUAGGCGUACUUUUGUGUCUUUCUUGUGAUCCGUUGUUGUUUAAUUAGUUGAUCAGUCGUACUUACACGAGGCUUUUCGCUAACAUCUUUUAGUUCAUGUAUGGCCAUCCAGUGAAAACUUAGCGAACAAUAUCAUGCAUCAGUUGCUUUCUAUCAUGUGAUCACAAAAACUGGGAUCGCAAUAUAAUCAUUACACGCAGAUUUACGCUGGUCCUCGAAAAGGUUAAUUUUGUUGAAGUGUCGACCGUCGAUUUAGUGCUAAAAAAAAUCUACUGCGUAAAACAAGUCUUUUCAGGAUCAAGUUAAGCCGCCGCAGAAGCCCGGCGGUAACUUGGUGGUGAAAGUGAAGCCAUCCACCCCUAUCCCUGUGACGCCACGGGGCAACCUGGGCCAGCCGCCGGCCGCGAAGCCCGCACGGCCCCGGACCAGUGUGCCGUCGUCGCUGGCGGCAGGCAGCCCGAGGCUGUCCACCCCCGACCCCAGGCUGCGUCCGUCGUCGCACCUGCAACGGGAGCUGCGGCAAGCGCAACCACAGCCACCCGCCACGCCACGGAAGGAGAACAGGCUGCCGCCGCCGCCGUCCACCGCGGCAUCACCGGCCACGCCCAGGCCGAGGACGACGAUGCUGUCACGGAGCAGGAGCAUGUUCAAGGACCGCGGCUGCUCCUCUGUCGCCGUCGCCGUCGGCGAGAGCCCCAGGCCGUCGCGGUUCCAGCCCCCUCGGUCGAGCUACGAAGGUGCCAGCAACCUCAAGAAACCGGCUCCUUCCUGUUCCAGGGACCAGGCGGUUGUCGCCGAUCGCAGGAAGGCAUCGUCUGCCGUCGCCCCCGAGCCGUUUCUCGUUAAAGCAUCACGCGACGACAUGCCAGCGCCUCUGGUGUUGGUGGCUUCGAAGGAGAGGGACCUACCUUACCGCAGCGGCGCGAUCUCGCCGGCCGGCUGUGCAAACGAGGACAGUAAGAGCAACGUCCAAGAGCACGUCGAUCGAUCACCGGACAAGUUCGGGAGCGAAGAGAUCACCGGAGACUCUGACACCGAGCCGAGCUACGUGUACGUCAAGAAGGACAGCGACGAGCAAAUCCCGGGGCCUCCUCCUCCCGAAACCCCAGCAGCAGCAGCAGCAGCAGCUGACGACGCGGAAGAAGAGUUCCGAAGGGAGAGCUCUGAGUCUCUGUACUCGAACGUCCAGUCCUCAUUCUCCCCGAGAUCCGAGCUCGCUAGCGCUGCAUCGUCGGCCACCACCGGCUCCUCCCCGCGCCCCAGCGCCACCGCGCAGUCGCCGGAGGCCAGCGUCUCACCACGGCCAAGGAAGAGCGCGGAAGCGGAGGAGGGUGCCGAGAAGCGAGUGCCAGCUCCGACCACGACCCCGAGGAGCAGUGCGCAGUCACCGAUGGACGCCGUCAACGGGCUCAAGCGGCUGCUAACGUUCGGGAAGAGAAGCGGCAACGGCAAGGCCAGCGAGGCAGCGGCGGCUCCACGUGCUCCCCCGGCUCGUGAUGGUGAUUCCUCCACCCUUCUGGACAACAGCUACGUCAUCUCCCCGAACGUUGGGUCCUUGCAAAGCAUUGCUGCGAGUUCUGAACUGAAGGAACCAGUCCUGCACGCGAAAUCGCCAAGAGUGCAUCGAUCGUUCUUCUCGCUUUCAUCGUUCAAGUCCGGAGCAAACUGACGCCUAACACUGGCUAGGCAGUUGCUGUGCGUUUCAGAUUCAAGGGUUUUUGUUGGUGUGCAUUACGCAUCUAGAACUUCCUGGAUGACGAGAUAUGGCGAUCAGCGAUGUUUGAAAUUUAUCCGUUUAUUGCAGCUCGGCUGACGACAAAAUAAUCGGUCCUAAGCCCUCGAUGCUGUGCCAAGUAUAAACUUUGAUUCCAUGAUACUUCUACAAAUACAUAAUUGCCCCCCUACAUUAGUAACAAGAAAUGUCAUUUUGAACAUUUGGUUUUGCUGUAAUUAAGUUAAUAUAGUUUUAUACGAAAUAUAUUUAUAUAUUAUUAUUA